CUCAGCAAUGAGUGAAGACACGGAUCGAUUGAGUAAAUGCCUGAAACAUUCGCUGAAAACAAUGCGAUAUGCAAUACAUCCGAAAUCGAAUGUAAGACAGUGCUUAUGCACCUUGAAGUAACGAUACUCCUGGUCCAACUAUUCAAGAAUCUAAGCGUGCUGGUGCUGGAAUGCCGCGUUUGUGAAGAGGUCUUCACGGUGGACGGUGUGAAAGUACCUCGCCUGUUACACUGUGGUCACACGGUAUGCCACACUUGCCUGUUGCGACUGAGAACAUGCAGGUCAGACCAGCAAUUCCUCCUGUGUCCCUUCGACAGACAGCCUACUGUGAUUUGUGAGAACAGCGUAUACAGUUUGAAAAAGAACUUUGCUCUCAUUGAAUUGCUUGAGAGGCUUGAGCAAUCUGACAGUGAGAAGACUUUGGUGCUGGAACGCGAGAGGCUUCAGUCUAAUCAGUCAUGCGAUGAGGACGAGACACAUACUGCAGUUCUAUAUUGCACAGUCUGUGCCACGCAUCUCUGCGAAGCAUGUGAUAUAGCCACACAUUCAUCUAAGACUUUAGGCAAGCACAGACGUGUGCCACUGUCAGAAAAGCCACGUGAGAAGCCCCGAUGUCCAAUACAUACUGCACAUGUUGCAGAGUUUACAUGCACCCAAGAAGGCUGUGACAACUCCUUGAUGUGUCACCUGUGUAAAGAGUACGGCAAACACAGCACGCACAAGCUAGCAUUGGUGGAGGAAGAAGCUGAAAACAUCAGGAAGUCCAUUAUCGCAGCAUUGCAGAAGAUGACAAAGUUUAUGGAAAGCAUGAGGGACACUGCACAAAGAAUAGAAACGGUAGUCGAAGAAUUGGAGGGCUGGGCGAUAGAAGAUGCGAGAAAAAGAGUAUGGUAUCAUUUUGAGAAAUUACGCGCCGAUUUAGAUGAACAGGAAACGACUGCGAUGGCGUAUAUCGAGACGGAGACUCGCGGCAGACUGUGUGCAUUGAGACAGCAACAGAAGGAUCUCACUACCACGAGAUCACAAGUGGCUAGCGUAUGCAUUCAGUGCGAGAGUAUACUUGAUUCCGAGGACUGGAAGUUACUCAACAGCUCGGAGAAGGUCAAGGAAGUGUUGGCGACUUUGGAGCAACAGCAGCAGCAUUAUGCACAACUGGGCCCUGAUUUUCUUAGUCCCGAAUCUUCUAUACCCAUCAUUAUCAGCAGAGACAACAGAAUACACAUCGGAACAAAAAUCGAUAUGCGCGUGGUGAUCUUGGGGCUAGACGGAGCGGGGAAAACGAGCAUCUUAUCCGCGAUGAGAGGUGUUACACUAUCGAGCCCACCGAUCCCUACUAUUGGCUUCAAUGUCGAGAGCUUGGAGUAUCAAAAUCUCGUGUUUACUCUUUGGGACGUUAGUGGGCAACAGAAGUUCAGACCGUUGUGGAAACACUAUUACCACAACACACAAGCCGUUAUUUUCGUAGUCGACGCUACUGACAGAUCUCGUUUUGAAGAGGCGCAGGACGAAUUAUCUAAGAUACUUUACCAACGAGAGCUGAAGGAUGCUCUACUUUUAAUCUAUGCCAAUAAACAGGAUAUCCCAGGUUGUGCAAGCGUCGAAGAACUCACUGAUAUUCUGGGCUUACACAAACAUUGUUGCGCGAGGGCUUGGCAUAUACAAGGCUCCUCGUUGGUUACCAAUGCUAGUGGUAUAUUGCAAGGGCUCGAUUGGCUCUCGCAACAACUCAGUGCUCACUUGUCCGAAUAUUUAUAGAGUGUUUUUCCUUUUUUUAUAUAAAGCUUAGAAGCUAUUUAUGUGCGGAUAUCAAGUUGAAAAGAAAAGACACGUUUCGCUACUUAGCACGGGUUUUAUGCAAAGUAAGACGAAGCAGACUGAUGAAAUUAGGUAGUUAGAAGUCACACAAGUACAGUAGACAAGCAUUAUAGCCUUAAUACAUUAAGCUACAACUCACAAGUGUAACUUAUAAGUUACAAUUUUUUAAUUUCUUCCUUCUGAAUGUAUGCGUUUUAAAUUGAGAACUUUAAAAACCUUCAGAAAGGAGUAAUUAUAAGUUGUAACGAUGUCUCUCAUAAGCCAAAGCCAACAACGCAGAUCUCAUCUGACUUGCAUAUAUUCAAAUUGGGUACUUAUUUGGGGCUAACCCUGGAUAAUUAAACAUUUGGGGAUUGUGAUUUAAGAUUCUUUGUAGUUCGGGUAAUUUCUUUUAUUUUCCAUUCACUUUGAAAGGAAAUUAUAUAAUUUUAGAAGCGAGUAGACUUUUAAAUAUAUAUACCACAAUAUGUUAAUUGAAAUUUGUCAUAUAUUUGCCGUGAGACAAAAAGAAGAUAAAUAUUACAAAGACGUUUUAAUAAAAAAAAUAUUGCCGAUCAUAGGCGCUUCCCAUUCGUUGUCCAUCCUACUCCUAUCAUCAGUUAGUAGUUUCGGAAUUACCGAUAGUGGAUUUAUCAUUUCAAUCUUCAGGCUUGUUCUGAAACGAGUUUAUAAUCAUCUUUUCUGAUAGGAAGUUUCAGUCCUUUUCUAAGUCCUAUGACACUUUUAUAUCGAUAAGAACAUACAAAAGAAUGCUUUCGUUGAGAGAUCGCAGAUAAUGUAAACGCGUACAUUUUAUAACUUCAUGUAUUAAGGCUAUCAUGCUGGUCUUUGUGUAGAGAGAGUACGUUGAUAUUUUUUCUCAUAUCUAUAAAUUAAAACUUACAUUUCUUUAUUCGCUUUGUGAACGUGUGAAAUCUUAAAGUAAAUUUACGAAUUUACUGCAUCGCGUGUAUUUGAUCGUCACGUUGGCGCGAGGUAAAAUUAAAACAUUGAGACAUAUUACGCCAAAGAGAGAAAUACAUUGUAUCGUGAAACAGUUACUAUUCGAGAAGAAAAAGGACUUCGGUUUAUUUUCCGAUAUAAAAACGUAGUUACAAGACGGACCAUAUUCGAACGCGAUACAAUAAUAGCGUAAAUUCGCAUAUAUAUACAUAUAUAAUCGAUUGGAAGCGAUCUGCACAAUCAAAUCAAAUGCUAGAACUACAAAUAGCAAAAAAUGGGUCAUUAAUGGAUUAGAUUUCGCUCUCAAAAAUUAUGCAAACGCCUGGGCACAUCUAGAAAAGUCUUAUUUAUUUUAUAAUAUGGUUAUUGGUUGUCUCUGAUACAUGCUCAUACCAAUUUUUAUCAUUCAGUCACUUAUGCACACAUCCAUCAUUCUUACGUUUUCUCUUUUUUUUUAACUGGAGCGACUUUUUAGUAUGCGUACAUUGUACGGAGAGAGGUUGAAAUAAUAUAUAAUAUAAUAAUAAUAUAUAUAUAAUAUAGCAUUGUGUGUUAAAUUACAAUUUUCAAUUACUUUUUAAUGUAUAUAAAACACUUGACAAACAAAAACGGAACAACUUAGAGUCUUUUGUGGAGCUGCGCCGAUGGUGGACACAGGCUAGACGACUCCCUUAUUCUUUUUCUAUGUCUCUCCUUUAUCUUCUAUAUUUUUCUUUGUUCUUCCGUAUCCCGGCAUACCUUGGGUACCUCUCGCGGAAGUAUCGAUCGCUUGGUCUAAGGCGCAUAUUAAAAUAAUCUCGGAAACUUUAGGAAUAAUUUGCACUAAAAUGGAGAAUAUGUGUUGGACGACUAGGGUAAAAACGUUUUUUAGGCGCCACGAUACCAAGGCCAAGCCGCUACGGAAAACCGUGGAGAGAAC